GGAUGACCAAGGGAGGGGCUGCUAUUUUGCAGAUAUCGACGAAUGCCGUCACCCUGGCACCUGCCCUGAUGGGAGAUGCGUCAACUCCCCCGGCUCCUACAGUUGCCUGGCCUGCGAGGAGGGCUACAGAGGCCUGAGCGGGAGCUGUGUAGAUGUGAACGAGUGUCUGACCCCGGGGAUCUGCGCCCAUGGAAGGUGCUACAACCUGGAGGGCUCCUUCCGAUGCUCUUGUGAGCAGGGCUACGAGGUCACUUCAGAUGAGAAGAGCUGCCAAGAUGUCAACGAGUGUGCCAGCCGGGCCUCGUGCCCCACAGGCCUCUGCCUCAACACGGAGGGCUCCUUCGCCUGCUCAGCCUGCGAGAGUGGGUACUGGGUGAAUGAAGAAGGCACUGCCUGUGAAGACCUAGACGAGUGCGCCUUCCCGGGAGUCUGCCCCUCAGGAGUCUGCACCAACACUGCCGGCUCCUUCUCCUGCAGGGACUGUGACCAGGGCUUCCGGCCCAGCCCCCGGGGCCACACCUGUGAAGACGUGGAUGAGUGUGAAGACCUCCAGAGCAACUGCCGGGGAGGCGAGUGCAAGAACACGGCUGGCUCCUACCAGUGCCUCUGCCCCCCGGGCUUCCAGCUGGCCAAUGGCACUGUGUGUGAGGAUGUGGACGAGUGCGUGGGAGAGGAGUACUGCGCACCCCACGGCGAGUGCCUCAACAGCCACGGGUCCUUCUUCUGUCUCUGUGCCCCCGGCUUUGUCAGCGCAGAGGGAGGCACCCGCUGCCAGGAUGUGGACGAGUGUGCAGUCACAGACCGGUGUCUGGGAGGGCACUGUGUCAACACCGAGGGCUCCUUCGACUGUCUGUGUGAGACUGGCUUCCAGCCCUCCCCGGAGAGCGGGGAGUGUGUGGAUAUUGACGAGUGCGAGGACCACGGAGACCCGGUGUGUGGGGCCUGGCGGUGUGAGAAUAACCCUGGCUCCUACCGCUGUGUCCUGGGCUGCCAGCCUGGCUUCCACCUGGCCCCCUCUGGAGACUGCAUAGACAUAGAUGAGUGUGCCAACGACACGGUGUGCGGGAGCCACGGCUUCUGCGACAACACGGAGGGCUCCUUCCGCUGCCUCUGUGACCAGGGCUUCGAGACCUCGUCCUCCGGCUGGGACUGCGUGGACGUGAACGAGUGUGAGCUCAUGCUGGCUGUGUGCGGGGCGGCGCUCUGUGAGAACGUGGAAGGCUCCUUCCUGUGCCUCUGCGCCAGCGACCUGGAGGAGUACGAUGCUCAGGAGGGGCACUGCCGCCCACGGGGGGCCGCAGGUCAGAGCAUCCCCAAGGCCCCGCCAGGGGACCACCUCUCAGGCCCCGUCCGCAUGGAAUGCUACUCUGGACACAAAGACCAGCCGCCCUGCUCCCGCCUCCUGGGCCGGAACACCACGCAGGCCGAGUGCUGCUGCACCCAGGGUGCCAGCUGGGGAGACGCCUGUGACCUCUGCCCAGCCGAGGACUCAGUCGAAUUCAGCGAGAUCUGCCCCAGUGGUAAAGGCUACAUCCCUGUGGAAGGAGCUUGGAUGUUUGGACAGACCACGUACACAGAUGCUGAUGAGUGUGUGAUGUUCGGGCCUGGUCUCUGCCAGAACGGCCGGUGCCUCAACACGGUUCCCGGCUACAUCUGCCUGUGCAAUCCUGGCUACCACUACGAUGCCACCCGCAGGAAGUGUGAAGAUCAUGACGAGUGCCAGGACAUGGCCUGCGAGAACGGCGAAUGCGUGAACACGGAGGGCUCUUUCCACUGCUUCUGCAGCCCCCCCCUCACCCUGGACCUCAGCCAGCAGCGCUGCGUGAACAGCACCAGUGACAUGGAGGACCUGCCUGACCAUGACAUCCACAUGGACAUCUGCUGGAAAAAAGUCACCAAUUACGUGUGCAGCCAACCCCUGCACGGGCGCCGCACCACCUACACGGAAUGCUGCUGCCAGGAUGGCGAGGCCUGGAGCCAGCAGUGUGCCCUGUGCCCCCCCACGAGCUCUGAGGUCUAUGCUCAGCUGUGCAACGUGGCCCGGAUUGAAGCCGAGCGGGAGGCUGGGGUCCACUUCCGACCAGGCUAUGAGUAUGGCCCCGGGUCUGAGGACCUGCACUACAGCCUCUAUGGCCCAGACGGGGCCCCCUUCUACAACUACCUGGGCCCCGAGGACGCCAUCCCUGAGCCGCCCUUCCCCAACACAGCCGGCCACCCAGGAGACCACGUACCAGGCCUGGAGUCUCCCCUGCAGCCCUCAGAACUCCAGCCCCGCUACGUGGCCAGCCACCCAGGUAUACAGAACAACCUGCUCUACAAGUUCAAACUUGUGACCCAAAAUAUUAACUCAGGAUUUACAAUCACUUCAUUUAUUUAUUUUUUUACGUUUUUAUUCAUUUGAGAGAAGAAGGGAGAG